AUGUUCACCAGACUCACCUUCCUCCUUGCCGUUUACCUCUCCGUGGUCGCCGUUGUGGCGCUGAAGUGCCACACCGGCGUGGACUCGGUGGCGGCCGGCUCGGUGGACUGCGCCGAACGCCAAUGCAUGAACUCGACGUCGACCAAGAACUCGGUGUUCGGGUGCGACUUCUCGCAGGUCUGCGACCUCUUCCAACUGUUCGACGGCUGCGUCAGCGACGGCGACAAGGUGGUGUGCUGUUGCGCCAGCGCCGACAAUUGCAAUGUGAAUCAAGGCAGUUUGAGGAACGUGAUGGGCGAUUUGAUGAGUGUGUAG